AUGGCCGCGGAGAAGGACUCGAGGAUGCAGAACGGCCAUGCGACGGCGGCGCAGGACGAGAAACAUGACAGCCCCGUCGGCGCAAACCAGGAGCCGCCGAAGCCGCAAAAGACCAACACGGGCGGCAGCAAGAAGAAGGGCCCCGAGGGAGGCUUCGACGACACCCCGAUCCCGCGCGCGCCGCCUGGCUACACGGUCAAGUUCACCUUCCACCGCGCGAACAACCUGCCGCUCGCCGACAUCAACACGCUGUCGGCCGACCCGUUCAUCAUGGCCGAGCUCACCACGAACCUGCCGAAGCGACACCAGGAAGACCCACCGCUGGUCUUGCGCACCCCGACCGUGCGCCAGAACACGAAUCCCGUGUGGAAUUGCGGAACCACGACGACCGCCUUGGCAACGUGCACGUCAUAUCCAGCGCCGUCAACGAGCAAUGGGGGCGGCAUCAAGGACCAGACGUACCCCAUCAAGAAGCGCAUGGUCAGCAAGAGGGCCUGGCUUCUGCGCGCCAUCGCCGUGUGCUUCAGAAAGGUCGAGCACAUGCACGGCACGCUGAAUGUGAGCGUCGAGGUCUUGGGCAGGACGCAGGAUGACAACGGCGGUCGCACAUACACGAUAGGUCCGCAGUUCUGGAUACGGCAUUACUCGCCGCUGCUGGGACGCCUGCUGGGCCAGAAGGAGCCGAAUGAGCCUGGCGAGGUCUCCAAGAGGACGGGCAAGCCGAAGCCCGAGAAGUACAACUUCCAGUCGAACCAGAUGCAGCUGCGAGGACCAGUCCCGGAAGCCAUGUACCACCGCUACGUCGAGUUCAAGCCCUUCGUCAAGUCCAUGUUCACGGCCAAGGGCGUCAGGGGCUUUAUACUUUCCAAGGCGUUACACCACCAGCAUGCGCGAGUGUACAACUUUGACCAUGCGACCGAGUUCAAGCUUUUCCAGGAGCCUUGCAAGGAAUUUGCGCAAAAGUUCCUCGAACUGGUACACUUUGACCAGGGCGGCCGCAUCUUCACAUACGUCCUUACGCUCGAUGGCCUCUUCCGCUUCACAGAAACCGGCAAGGAGUUCGGCAUUGACAUGUUGUCCAAGCACACUAUGCACAGCGAUGUCGCAGCAUAUAUUGCCUUCUCGGGCGAGUUCUUCAUCCGCCGGCUUAAGCAUCCUAAGAAUGCGCCGCCCGAGGAUGGCGGCCACAACCAGAGCCACCCACCUGAUGAUAUUGACGAUGGCCCGCCCAAGGAAGAACCACAUAUCAAGGAUCCCAGCCACUACGAGCUUGUGAUCGACAACGACUCUGGAACCUACAGACCGAACGCCAAACUCCUCCCACAACUGAAGGCGUUCAUGCAGUCGAAUUUCCCAGGCCUCCACGUCAAGACGCUCGACUGCCAAGGCGACGCGGAGAAGAUGGAAGCAAUGAAGAACGAGCAGAGAGAGAGGAAGAAGAAGGAGGGCCAACACAUUGUCUACACGCAGAUAAGCAGGAGCAGCAGUAUGAGCAGUAGCGACGAGGAGGACUUGGAUACACUGGAGCAAGAGGGCUCGCUACCUGCUAGCCAUUUUCGACACCAGGUGCAACGCGAAGCCAACCACAAGAUGGACCAAGCCAAGUACCACAUGAAAUAUUCGACGCCGAAGAACAACAGUGAGGGGUGGCGGGGCAACAAGCAUCCCGCACGAGCAGAUGACGCCGAAGUCGCGAAAUUGCGGCAAGAGGCCGGCCAAAGUGAGGCUACACCAUCCCAGGCCCCAGCAUGAUGAUAGGGCAAGUCUAAACAGCGUCAAAUUUGUUCUUGAUUGCUGUCAGCUUUCUUUCUUUCUUUUUGUUCUGAAAACCGUUGGUCGUUCACGCUCUAUAUGCGUCAUGUUUGCAUUUGCAGUUAUGGGAGGA